UUGUUAUAUAGGUAUCUGGCAAGCCUUGACGAGGAGAAAAUCAAUGAACUCCGACAGGAGAUCGCUGAGAAGUUAGCUCCGGAUAACAUUGAUUUCCUCAAGCACAGAUAUCAAAUGAAGAAAGAAGCAACUAAGGCUAUGCCAAAAGUUUCGAAAUAUAAAGCAUCUCGUGAGUCGAAAUUUGAACCACAUCAACCUUCAUCUGUGGAGUCGUCUGCGGUCUCUUCAACUACUGUUUUGAAAGAUAUAGUCGAUCACCUUGAGGUUCUAGACGAGUUUGGUGACCGUAGCGAUGAGGAGAAGUAUAACCGGAUUGCAGCUGUAAAUCUUACACUUUUUUAA